UCCUCUGGAUCCUUUCCCUCAUUCCUCCACCUCCACCUUUGUCUCUCCCAGAAACCUGUGAAUUCCAGAGAGCUUCCAGCCUCAGGCAGCUGCCAGGAGUGAGAGCAACAGACAGAGCCUGUGCCAUCCUGCAGAAGUCUGCGUGUGCCUCCCCCAACUCUCUGUGUGCGUGUGUGCAUCAUCUGUAAGAGCUCCCCUCUCCCCCCUCCCCUCCACCUCCCUUUCCUUUUCUUUUCAUGAGAUUCAGAGCUAGCGGAGGAGCGGGAGCAGCAUGUCGCUGCAGUUGUUCUAAUCUCGAGGUUCUCGUGGUCAGGCUGGCUGCCCCUCGGCUCUCCGAUGUACCAGGCGGCAGCAGACUCUGUCAUUCAGGGCCUCACUGAGCCAUGCCCAGACGGAGCCCAUCCCAGCUGUGUUUCUCCCGCCGCGCUGACCACCACCAGACAGAGCUCCUUGACCAGCAGCUUCUCUGACCAUCUGGCUGGCAAAGACCCCCAGGCCAUGAGGACAGGUCAAAGGCAGUGAGAGGACGUGAAAGGGCAAACCCCUCCUCCCCGACUCUUACCUCCUGCCUUGAAGGCCCUGCAAGCCAGCCAAUUAAAGGGUUGCCCGUAGUCGGAUGCCUGUAUGGCGGCCUUACUGAUGCCACGGAGGAACAAAGGAAUGAGGACUCGCCUGGGAUGCUUGUCUCACAAAUCAGAUUCAUGUAGUGAUUUCACAGCGAUUCUUCCUGACAAGCCAAACCGGGCUCUCAAGAGGCUGUCCACAGAAGAAGCUACGAGGUGGGCAGACUCAUUUGAUGUGCUCCUCUCCCAUAAGUAUGGAGUGGCAGCAUUCCGUGCUUUCCUGAAGACUGAGUUCAGUGAGGAGAACUUGGAAUUCUGGCUAGCCUGUGAGGAGUUCAAGAAAACUCGAUCAUCCACCAAGCUGGUUUCCAAGGCCCACAGGAUCUUUGAGGAAUUUGUAGAUGUGCAGGCCCCUCGAGAGGUGAACAUAGACUUCCAAACUCGGGAAGAAACAAGGAAGAACAUGCAAGAACCCUCUUUAACAUGCUUUGACCAAGCCCAGGGGAAAGUGCACAGCCUUAUGGAGAAAGACUCUUACCCCCGGUUCCUGAGGUCCAAAAUGUACUUAGACCUUCUGACCCAAAGCCAGAGGAGGCUCAGUUAGAGCUGAGAUGGGGACCCAUGGAAAUCACAAGCUUUCCCUUUCCCCCAGCUGCCAAGACCAUAUUCCAAUGUGAACCGCCAUCAGUGUUUAACCGCAGUGGAGUUUGGGGUGGGAGGCUGGGGGUGGGAGGCAAAGAGUCAGUGGGGCUUCUUCCACUGUGUGACCCAACUGCCAUUUGCCCGGUUGUGUUUGUGUGUGGGUUAGUGGUACUGUCUCACAACUGUUACCCUUCUCUGGGUCAGAAAAUGGCCCUUCAUAAUGCCUUGGGUCAUUUCUGCUGAGAAGGCAAGUUUGCUAUGCUGGGCUAAUAUGUAAAUAAUGCAAAAGCAAUUCACUCCCCUCCCCCUUUUCCCUGGGCCACCACAUUGUAUUAUCUGACUUCUUGCUAGUUCUACAUCCUUGAGAGGAACCAGGGGGGAAGAUGACCAUGGGUCUCUCUGAUGGGAUUUGCAGUUCAGAAACUGUUGCCAGUCCUGGGUGUUUGGACAUCAUUGUACCAGAAAGGAAGUUCCCAGGAAUCCUAGGUUACUGGAGAUGGAAGGGAAAAAAAAAAUAUUUAUUAAGCGCCUACUAUGUGCCAGGCACUGUGCUAAGCGCUUUACAUUACUAUCUCAUUUGAUAAUAUCUCAUUUUAUAUAUACAUAUUAUAGAUAUAUAUCAUUUGGUUUCAGAUGGGAUUGAAUUAAUAGUCAGCUAUUUCUUUCAUUUCCAUUGGCCACCAUUCAGUGGGGAAAGAAUAGGG